AUGUCAUCAUCAGAAACACCCCAACGGUGGACUCAGCAACAACAAGAAGAAGCAAAAGAUAAUAUCAAUGAAGAUGAAAUGAAUAAUAAUAAGGAGCUGAUGUUCGAGAAGGUUCUUACUCCAAGCGACGUUGGGAUGCUCAACCGCCUCGUCGUCCCAAAGUCCCACGCGGAGGCGCAUUUUCCGACCGGCGCCGACGGAUACUCGGCCGAAGGGAAGGGCCUGCUUCUGAAUUUCGAGGACCAAUCGGGAAAACAAUGGAAGUUCCGUUACUGCUAUUGGAGCAGCAGCCAGAGCUAUGUUCUCACCAAAGGAUGGGGCCGCUACGUUAGGGAAAACCACCUUUCUGCUGGCGACGUCGUUUUGUUCAAGAGGCACCGCCUCCAUCCAAAUAAUUUCUUUGUUAGUUGGAGGGGCCGCGAUGCUGGGACCAUGCCCCCGGCGGCUAGAAAGAGGGGGAGGAGGAGGAGGAGGAGGGAUGAGGGUGCCAGUGGUGGUGAUGUGGUGGUGAGUGAUGCCGCUGUUUCUGUUUCUGUGGGGUGGAGAGUGCCAAGGUGCGAACGAAACGACAAUGGUGGGAAACCCUUUGAGUUCAGGUUCGAGGAUGCUGAGGCUGUUCGGGGUGAACAUGGAAUUGAAUAA